AUGGAGCACGAAACUUUUCGCUCGGAGAAGACAAAGGCCAAGAAGCGAUACUUAAAAGCAAAGAAAGAGCGUCGAAAGAAGAAGAAGGGUUCAUCCACGGCCCCAGAUGCUGGCGAGCGCGGACAAAGCCCAGCGGGAUCUACUCACAGCCAUCCCGACUCCGAAUCAGAGGACGAACAGACGGGCCAGGAAGAUGACGAGAAUGCAUCGACUCCUGACUUACUAAUGGUGGAAGGGUCAAGAAAAGAAUUGGUACAGGAGCGACCUCGGAAACGACGGAAACUUGACGUUGUUGUGGACGAAGGCCCUAAACAUCCCAUACCUGAAGCCGCAUCCGAAACUAAAAUGGAUCUCGAAGAGGAGACUCCUCAAGCAGCGUUACCCUCAUUCCCUCUUCCUAGACGUCCCAAUGCGCCCUCAAGAUCGACUUUAGCCUUGCAGGGGCUCGACAAGGCUCUCAUAGAGGCCGAAAUCGUUAACCCAACGACGUUACAUCCUUUCGCGUCUGACGGUGACGAUGACGGGGGCACGGGCCUUGGCGAGAAGGCAAGGAAGAGACUCUCAGAGCUGGGCAUAACUGAGUUAUUUGCUGUGCAGACGGCUGUCGUGCCCUUCUUAUUGUCGCCACCUCGGUUGAAAUCCCUCUACCUGCCUUAUGACCCCCCGCGAGAUGUCUGCGUUUCAGCCCCCACAGGCAGCGGAAAAACUCUUGCUUACGUACUGCCUAUAGUGGAGGUUUUAUCCGCACGAAUAGUGACACGACUUCGUGCACUUAUUGUGCUACCUACCCGUGACCUCGUAACGCAAGUCCGUGAGACAUUUGAGGCUGUUGCAAAAGGACGAGGUCUAAAGAUCGGCACGGCAACAGGCCAACAUUCAUUUGCCCAUGAGCAAACCCAGUUAGUCGCGGAACGGUCGACCUCUCUGCAGGGCGGGUCUAGCAAAAUUGAUAUUCUCAUUUGUACACCAGGUAGACUGAUAGAUCACUUGAAUGGGACACCAAAUUUCUCUCUGCAACAUCUUCGGUAUCUGGUGGUUGAUGAGGCAGAUCGACUACUGGCUCAGUCGUUCCAAGAUUGGCUCGCCCAAGUGCUCGCCGCUACACGACCCCCGUCGAACAUCGGAGACAAUUCAAACACCACAGACACUGAUACUAAACAUAGCACUCUUCCUCGUGCUGACGCUCUGGCCCCGGCAUUCGUUGGCCUCCCGCGUGAUCUGCCGUAUAUCCGCACGGAUCUCGACGAGAGGAGGGAGUCGUCAUGUCAGAAGCUCUUGUUCUCGGCAACAUUGACGAGAGAUCCCGCGAAGAUAUCUGCCUUAAACUUGCAUGAUCCGAAGUAUCUCGUAGUUCAGGAUCGCGAACGAUUGGCAAUAGAGGGAGCAGAGAGUACGCCGGAUGUACUAGAUCUGGUGAUGGAGAAGUUCAGCAUGCCGGCAACACUGGCAGAACAUAUGCUCGUGUGCGAGUCUUCUCAGAAGCCGUUGAUGCUGUUUCAUCUUGUCCAUUCUCAUGGCGUUACAAAUGCGCUUGUUUUCACGAAGUCAGCAGAGUCGACCGCUCGUCUCGUGCGCCUGCUUGAGUUCUUCGAGACGGCCCGCACCGCGGAUCCCAACGCGCGGCAAGAGAGUGUGGUUAAGAGGAUCGUCGCCAGCGCGUAUUCGAGCGACCUCAGCCCAGCAGAACGGAGAGGUAUAUUGGAAAAGUUUAAGAAUCAGGAGAUCCACAUCUUGGUUUGCUCGGACCUCAUCUCACGCGGAAUCGACAUCAGCCACGUCACGCAUGUUGUCAGUUAUGAUGCACCGGUGGACAUGCGCAAGUAUGUGCAUCGAGUCGGGCGGACGGCGCGCGCUGGCCGAGCAGGAGAUGCGUGGACUCUAGUGGAGGAGCAAGAGGCACGUUACUUCAAAAACAUGCUCAAGGAAGGCGGGCAUUUGGAGAAGGUGAAACGUAUGAGGGUGUCUGACAAGGAUGUCUCGCCUUUCCAUGCCAUAUACGAGAGCGCUCUGGGUCAGCUGAAGGAGUCAUAUGCUCGUUUCAGCAAUUGACCAACCCGGCGUUGAUGACAUCCGCGGGAAUGCGCUCCGGACGCCCUCCAUAGCUGUCUUUCGAUUUUUACCAUCACGGCGACGUGCUUUGCGUGAAAGAUAUCGAGCGUAGCAGACGUACAUGCGCAAACAUUCGUAAUCGUUGUCGUGUUCAGGCUUUGCUACUACGGGAAACGAACAAAUUUCUGUCUUCUUCUCAAUGAGACAAAUUCGUACAUGU